AUGGGCCCCUGUACCGCCUCCUCAUGCUCCUGCCAGGCCUGUAAUCUGCCAUGGGCCCACGUACCGACUCCUCAUGCUGCUGCCAGGCCCGUAAUCUGUCAUGGGCCCCUGUACCGCCUCCUCAUGCUGCUGCCAGGUCCAGAGUGUGUCAUGGGUCCCUGUACGGCCUCCCAUUGCUGCUGCCAGGCCCGUAAUCUGCCAUGGGCCCCCGUACCGACUCCUCAUGCUGCUGCCAGGCCCGUAAUCUGUCAUGGGCCCCUGUACCGCCUCCUCAUGCUGCUGCCAGGUCCAGAGUGUGUCAUGGGUCCCUGUACGGCCUCCCAUUGCUGCUGCCAGGCCCGUAAUCUGCCAUGGGCCCCCGUAUCGACUCCUCAUGCUGCUGCC